AUGACGGAUAAGAACACAGACUCCACAGCCAGGCUACUGGCUCUAGACCUCAGUCCCGCAUGUGUCAAUGGCGGGGCUGAAGUUUCCGGGAAGCCGGAAUUGUGUCGGGAAGCCGGCUGCUCGCUGACUCCUCCGCCGUCGCCCCGUGGAGCUGCUCCCUGCAGGAGAAAGAAGGAAGGGACCAAAAGCCUAGGGCGCCAGAUACCACCGUUCCCUUUAGCAGUGGAUACGCCCCAGCACACCCCGCACACCUCACUUGACCCUGGGGGUGCAAGGUGCGGUGCCAAGAGCUGGUGGAGAAGUGCUGGAGCUGGGCUGCGGCGACCGGAAUCAGUGGGAGAGAACGCUCUAACUCCAGCAAAGCAGGCGGCCCGAGGUGGCCGCAGAAAGCGGAGCGAAAGAAAGACUGCCGAGGCGGAGAUCCGACGCCACACCGCGCGCUUCCUUCCCCCGCCAUCAGAGUCCCGGAGUCCUCUGAGCCCGGAGAACCUGCGGGGCGGAGCUAAGACCCCCAGAGGGCUCAGGCAUCUAUCCUACAGGAGGCGGCCGCCGGAGCUCAAACCUCCAGUCCAGAAGGCGCUCCUGCAUCCCCAGCGUCCCGCGCGGCGGCAGUACGAUCCUGCAUUGACUGGAGAAACAACUCGGACGGAGACAGCUGCGGGAACCCCGGCUCCCAGCACGGAGAGCAUCCUCACCGCCCCAAGCGCACGUUUGCAGCCCGGGGUAAUUCCCCAACUCGUGCAGCUCGGGCAGGAGAGAAUGGAGAACCCCACCGGGUCCUCGGAGCGCGCCAACGCGUCCGGCCUGGGCACCAUGCCCCGGCCUCCACUGGCUGUGCAGGCGGUGACUCUGACUCUGGUGCCCCUCGUGUGCGCCGUGAGUGUGGCGGGUAACGCCAUGGUGGUCCUGGUGGUGGUCCGGGGCUGCCACAUGGUCAUACCCACCAACUGUUACCUGGUGAGCCUGGCCGCUGCGGACCUGCUGGUGCUCCUGGCGGCCGGAGUGCCCACUGUGGACGAGGCGGCGUCCGCCCGAGUUUGGGUCUGUGGCCACGCAGGCUGCCUGGGCAUCACCUACCUGCAGUACGUGGGCAUCAACGCCUCCGCGGGCUCCAUCACGGCGUUCACCGUGGAGCGCUACCUCGCCAUCUGCCACCUGCUGCGCGCCCAGGCGCUGUGCACCGUGGCGCGGGCCAAGCGCAUCGCGGCGCUGGUGUGGCUGGGCACUGGAGCCUACUGCGUGCUCUGGCUCUUCCUGGUGGACACUCGCGAGGCCUCGUAUGCCGACAGCGUGCAGAUGGAAUGCGGCUACCGAGUGUCUCGCACUCUCUACCUGCCGGUCUACUUCCAGGACUUCGCGCUCUUCUACGCGCUGCCUUGCCUCGCCACUGUUCUCUACACGCUCAUCGCGCGCGUCCUCUUCGUCCGCCCGCUGCCUCCAGGCCAUUGCCAGCGCCCGGGAUCUGCGCACCAGGGCGGUCCCGCCGGCCAAGCGAGCUUCCCCUCCAAGGGCAGGAAGGGAGCCUCCAACUCUCGGAAGCAGGUCACCAAGAUGCUGGCUGUGGUGGUGGUCCUUUUUGCUCUGCUGUGGCUGCCCUACCACACCCUGGUGGUGGUGAAUUCCUUCCUGAGCACGCCCUACCUCAACCUCGGCUUUCUUCUCUUCUGCCACCUUUGCAUCUACCUGAACAGUGCCGUCAACCCCAUCACCUAUGCCCUCAUGUCCCAGCACUUCUGGGAGGCCUUCCCUGGGCUGUUCUAGUGCCAGCUGGCCCAGCCCAAGCUCCCACCCCAGGAGGCCACCUCUGUUUACUACAGUGUCAUCAAAGAGUGUUCCCAGCACAGGUUGGGCUCUUAGA